AUGCUGGGGACCUGCCUCAGACUGCUGGUGGGUGCUCUGUGGAGCGCCUGCAGCUGGGGCACUGUUGGAGCCUACCUGGACACCUCCCCACUGCUUGGCUCCAGCUGGGGCAGUCUGACCCAUCUGUACACAGCUACAGCCAGGAACAGUUAUCACCUCCAGAUCCACAAGGAUGGCCAUGUAGAUGGCACACCCCAUCAGACCAUCUACAGUGCCUUGAUGAUUAGAUCAGAGGAUGCCGGCCUCGUGGUCAUAACCGGAGCCAUGACUAGAAGGUUCCUUUGUAUGGAUCUCAGAGGCAACAUUUUUGGAUCACAUCAUUUCAGCCCGGAGAACUGCAGGUUCCGUCAGAGGACUCUGGAGAACGGCUACGAUGUCUACCUGUCGCCGCAGCAUCACUACCUGGUGAGCCUGGGCCGCGCCAAGGGCCUCUUCCAGCCCGGCACCAACCCGCCGCCCUUCUCGCAGUUCCUGGCGCGCAGGAACGAGGUCCCGCUGCUGCGCUUCCACACCGCGCGGCCACGGCGCCACACGCGCAGCGCCGAGGACCCUCCCGAGCGCGACCCCCUGAACGUGCUCAAGCCGCGGCCCCGUGCCACGCCCGUGCCCGUAUCCUGCUCCCGGGAGCUGCCGAGCGCCGAGGAAGGUGGCCCCGCCGCCAGUGACCCACUGGGCGUACUGCGCAGAGGCCGCGGGGACGCGCGCGGGGGUGUCGGGGGCGCGGACCGCUGCCGCCCCUUUCCCAGGUUCUCCUAG